UUCGAAUAAUUUAUUACUCGCUGGAUUCAUCGAAAACCAAAAGGGUGGCAGGGAAAAUAUCAAUACAAGAUUGUUCUCAGUAAAAAUUGUGUUUAUUCCUGUCAGUGUUCACGGGAAAUGGAUAAUUCGGCGUUUAUUCUACCCGGUCGCUGGCGAAAAUUGGUAAAAACCACCAGAAUGAUAUAAAUUAUCAGGAUAAAAAUGCUUUGAAAUUUUAAUGGUAAAAAUCUAGCUCAGGCUUUACGUGUUCAUGUGGAUAGGAGAGAUAUUGAUCGAACGGUUGUGGUGGAAAAAUAAUUCGCAACGAAAGCGACGUUUGCGUAUGAAUUGUGGUCAACAACGAACUUGAUAUAGAAAACAUCGAAGCAAAUUAUUUACUCAGAACAGAGUUGUUUACUCAGAAAAUUAGUGGGAAUCGAUGCGUGAUAUUAUACACGGCAAUUCUUAUUUGGCGGUGACAAGAAAUGAGACGCUGAAAUAUUUAUAGCAGAAAAUCUGGAUUGCAUGUUCGAGGUUCUGCAUUGGAGGGACACACCUUGAUUGAUGACGUCACACGUGUUUCUGACGCCAACCUUUAAUAUAACGUUUUCCGUCAAAGAAGGGGCCUACGGACCCGACAUAUUUUUAGAGUAUUGUGAAAAAAGUUUAGAACAUAACGGGAUAUGUUUUGAACAGCCGAUUUAUAUUACGGAAUAAUUAAAUACCAGUAGUAGCAAAAGCACCAUCAUUUUCUACGACAACACGAAAAAUAAUCGUAAGUUAUAAAAGGCGAAUACUUUGCGCAAAGCGGUGACGUAUAUGUACCCUAUUUCAGAAACAGAGGAUUAUGUGUGUACAGUAUUCUGGAAAAAUUACGGUGAUUUAAAAGUAAAAUUUAAAACAAACACUCUGUUGGGAUAAAAUAACUUAUGUGCAUUUUAGAUAUUUGUACAUAAACCGGAAGUUUAAUCUGGCUUUUUGUAUGCAGGAAGUGACGUCAUCAAAGCGCAUAAUAUCAGAGUUUAUUAUUGACAUGUAGUAUUGACACGUUACAAAAAGAAUGUAAAACAUCGUGGCAUAGGUUGUGUUUAUUCCCAACAACAUUGUAAAAUAUACAAGGAAAUACUUCAAUCAUAUUGAAUAAAACGAUGCCAAUUUGUUAAACAAAUCUUUAUAUCAGCGAAACGUGGGGAUGGAGUACUGAAAUGAUGAGAAUCUUGUAAGCAUUACGUCUCUCGUUUAUUUUGGUAAUUUUAAUAACGUUAAUGUCCACUUCCGGUUUCCAAUGCGUUCAGCGGCGAAAUGCACAUCAUGAGUAACCAACAAGACGCCGACAACCGCGUCAUUAUCAACGUCGGCGGGAUACGUCACGAGACGUACAAGGCGACGUUGAAGAAAAUCCCGGCGACGCGUCUGUCGCGCUUAACGGAAGCGCUCGCGAACUAUGAUCCGGUACUUAACGAAUACUUCUUCGACAGGCAUCCGGGUGUUUUCGCACAGAUCUUAAACUACUACAGAUCCGGCAAGCUCCACUAUCCGACAGACGUCUGCGGCCCCCUGUUCGAGGAAGAGCUCGAAUUUUGGGGCCUGGACUCGAACCAGGUGGAACCUUGUUGCUGGAUGACCUACACGACGCAUCGGGACACACAGGACGUUCUGGCCAUUCUUGACCGUCUUGACCUGGACACCGAUAAGCCGACGGACGAUGAUAUUAUGAAAAGAUUCGGCUGGGACGAUCAGUAUAGGACGGGCGAUCUAAAUUUCUGGCAGCGAAUUAAGCCUAAAAUCUGGGCGCUAUUUGAUGAGCCGUAUUCUUCAAACUAUGCCAAGGUGAUAGCCGUCGUUUCCGUGUUCUUCAUCAUAAUCUCCAUCCUGUCGUUCUGUCUCAAGACUCACCCGGACAUGCGCGUUCCCGUUCUCAGCAACGUGACGACCAACUUCACGCGAGGUGACAUCACGUGGCGACUUGAAAAGAGUAAAACGGAGCCGCACGAGUCCUUUUUUUAUAUAGAGUGCGUCAGUAACGCGUGGUUUACGUUCGAAAUUAUUAUACGUUUUGUCGUGGCGCCGGGGAAGCUUGACUUCUUGAAGGCGCCCGUGAAUAUAAUUGACCUCGUCGCCACGUUGUCAUUUUAUCUCGAUUUUCUCUUAACGGAGCUAAAGCAGGAGAGUGAUAUUUUAGAAUUUUUUAGCAUCAUUCGUAUCAUGCGACUGUAUAAGCUCACCCGGCAUUUCUCGGGUCUCAAAAUUCUGAUUCACACUUUUAAAGCUAGCGCAAAGGAGCUCGUGCUGUUAAUAUUCUUCUUAGUGUUAGGCAUCGUGGUAUUCGCUGCGCUGAUAUAUUACGCCGAGCGAAUACAACACAAUCCAACAAACGACUUUGAGAGUAUCCCCGUCGGACUAUGGUGGGCAAUCGUUACCAUGACGACCAUCGGCUACGGCGAUAUGGUUCCGAAAACUUACGUAGGGAUGUUUGUGGGGUCCCUCUGCGCUUUGACCGGCGUGCUCACAAUCGCUCUACCAGUUCCGGUCAUCGUCAGUAACUUCGCUCUUUUCUACUCACACACUCAAGCCCGAUCAAAGCUGCCGAAAAAGCGACGAAGGGUUUUACCCGUGGAGGCACCCCGCGGGCCAAAGGGGCCCGGGGGGACGGCCCCACAGAACCGACGCAUGAACGCAAUAAAGCAUUCGCCUCAUCCUGGGGCGCUGGACGUUAAAAUGGGACGAAUUGGAGACUUGCAUUACCCUUCGGCUGUCGGAAGGGUCGGGGAGGAAAGCAUACCAAUGUUGACGAUGAAUCAUGCGGACGAACCCCCCGGGACUGCGCCACAGCGCAGUAAACCACCGUCCGAGAUCGGCAAAAACUCACCCAGGCUUGUGGAAAUAUCCGCCAACCCAGGCUCGCCUUUAAAAGUCACAGAUAUCCCUGCCGACGGGAAGCCGUUCACGCAUACCGGAAGGAAAUCUUUCCCGAACCAAGAUCCAUCGUCCGCGGCAUUAGCGACCAUGAUGCGGACUCCGGCGGGCGGGAAUUCCACUCCCGUCGUCAAUUCCACACAUAAUUCAUCUCCACUUCCCACAACGCAACCAAAUGCCAACUCUCAUUCAGAUAUUGUAAAACCAAAUGACGUGAUAGUGCUGCAUGGCAGCAAACCAAAUGACGUUCAUAAUGACGUCAUAGUGCGGGGUGGCAGCAACUCAAUGAAGUCGACGAACUCACUAAACGCCGACCAGCCGUCUCCUACCCAGUCCCCGACAUCUACUCCCCAUGCGUCGAACAAUUUAGUAACCGUCAAUACUUAGCACGAGACGAUUGUGACGUCAUAAAUGUGUCAGUGACGUUAAUAAGGUCUGAAUGCUAAUGUGUGAUAUUUUGGGUGAUUUUGUUUGUUUAAUGAUUUUAGUUUAUGGUUUUGCAACUUGUAUGUGGUCAUGUGCAGGGUAACUUCAUGUGUUUCUAGUACGUUGGGUAUGGUUGUGUAAAAUGAUAGUCGCUGAUAAGGAUAUAUAUUACGUCACGGAAACACGUUUUCUAAUUUAUAUUAUUCAUGCCUCUUACGUGACGUCACUUUAAGUUGUGUUAUAAUUUACGCCAGGCUAGCGUUCACUGCACCACCAUUUAUUUGCUAAGUAGCACAAUUCUAAUUAUGUAUUAUGUUACUCACCCAGAACGGAAACAUUUCAGGGAAAAUUGUUCCCAAUGUAUUAUUGAGGAAUUUUAUUUAAAAAACAAACAAACACGUCGCUGAUUUGAAUCAUACCAUAUACGUGUUAGACCAUACGUGUAAUUAUAGUUAUACCCAAACAAUUUCCUGAGGCAAUGUAAAAUUGUUCAUAAUUGAAGAUUCGUAAGAAAUGACGAUUUUUCUCACGAGUGCCAGACUUUUCAGUUAUAUUAUUUCACAAUCACCGGCUUAAAGGUAACGAUACAGGUACCCCACUUGUACAACAGCUGUUUUGGGUAAACGGGGUUUAAUGCACGUGCGUAAACUGGCGUUCCAGAUAAGCAUGUGAAGUCCGCACAUGGUGAUAUUAAGAGACGACACUUUCCGUUCUAUGGAAUUGUUCCUUUAAUGAAAGUCUAUUCUGAACAAAAAUCCAGAAGCUUAAGGAAGCGCAAUCACAGAAAAAAUCCACGUUAGGCGCAUGAAUUAACCCCCGUAUAC